AUGUUCGGCUGGGUCAAACGAGUGUUUCGGGCUGAGUACGUGCCCCUCGAUCCCUUUGAAGACGGCGAGAAAGAGCAGCUUCCAGAAAGACGGGCGUGCACUCAAUCUCGCAUUUUUUGGAUCAACUUGGGAGCACCGAUUCUAGAUGAGGUUGAGAUUGCCAUCGGGCCCAGAUUUCUCGACACCAGCUUAAUCGAGUCAGACCCUCUAAGCAUCUUCCGACAGGACCCAAGUCCUGAAGUCGAUACAGCCUGGAAAAGGCUCGGAGAUACAAGGCCCAUACCCCUGACCCGAGAGCAGGUCCUCGCCAUUGGAAAGGACCCAGCCGAGGCUAUUCGAAUUCCCGACAGCUGGGAGUUGGGCAGCGAUGUCUAUUUCGGCCGCCUUGAUGUCUUCCAUCAGAUCCACUGUCUCGACGCCCUCCGACGGGAAGCAUAUUGGGACUAUUAUUAUGGCAGUCAGUAUCCUCGGGGAGUCAACGAGACGGGGCCGAUCCACCGCCUGCAUCUCUCGCAUUGCAUCUACUACCUGCUCCAGAAUAUCCUUUGCAAUGCCAACACGGCCGUUUAUACGCAUUUCUGGACAGAUACCAUUGACCAUCCCUUCCCGGACUUCGAGAUCGCGCACCAGUGCCGAGACUUUGGGGCCGUGAAGCAGUGGCAGACGGAGAAGGCCCUGAACGAACAUGACUUUGCCCGUCUCACAAAACCCGAAGAAUAUGGCCCGCCUCGCUUUAUGUCAUAUCGUUUCAAGCAGGUUCACGGCUACUAUGACACCCAUGAGGAUCCGGGCGAGUAUGAAGGAGGCGCCAUUGCAUAG